AUGGAAAUAUGCCUGACUGCCCACCAGAAGACACAUGCCAAGGGUGGCCCCUUCCUUUGUGCCCACUGUGGGAAGAGUCUGAUCACAAAGAUAUACUUUAAUGUCCACAUGCAGACCCACAUGGAGAAGAGACCAUUUGCCUGCAUGGAGUGUGGGAAGAGCUUUGUGAAGAAGGGGACACUCACUGCACACAAGGAAAUCCACAGGCGAGAGAAGCUCUUCAAAUGCCCUGAUUGCAGCAGGUGCUUUGGGCAAAGUGCCACACUGCUGGCCCACCAGAAGAUACACCUCUGUGGGGGGCCCUUCAUUUGCACAGAGUGUGGGAAGAGUUUGAGCACCAAAAGGUAUUUCAACAUCCACCAGAGAAAACAUGCUAAGCAAAAGCUGCUGGAGGAGGAAGCCAGUGUGGAAGAUGACAACUGGGAAAAACAGAGCCCAAAGAGGAAGCAGAAAUGCCUUCAGCCCACCAAAGAAGGGCUGCUGGAGAAUGGAGAACAAAUCAUGUCCAAGAAAGAUCCCUCAACAAAGGGACUUCCCAAGGGUGAAUGGAUAUUCCUCUGUCCUGAGUGCAGUAAGAGUUUCAAUCAGAAAUCAAACUUGACCAGACACCGGAAGAUCCACACAAGUGAGGGGCCAUACAAGUGCAGUGAGUGCAGGGAGAGCUUUCACAUGAGCCGGAAACUAAUCCGACACCAAAGAGUCCAGAGUGAGCCAUUUAAAUGCACUGAGUGUGGGAAGAGCUUCACCCAGAGAUCGAAUCUGGUUUGGCACCAGAGGAUCCAUACCAAGGAGGAGCCCUACUAGUGCCCUGAGUGUGAGAAGACCUUCAAUCAGAAGGCCAGUCUCUUCAGGUAUCAGAAAAUCCACAUUCGUACGAGACCUUGCAAAGGCACCAAGUGUGGGAAAUGCUUCCUCCAGAAGUGGCACCUCAUUAAGCACCAGCUGCUUCACUCCUGA